AUGACGACAUGCGCCGCCGCCGGAUGUAUUCUCGUCGGACGUGCUCCGGGGCUAGCAGGCCGGGACAAGCGCUCUAUCGCCAACCUCGCCGUAUUGUCGCCAGUGAUAGCUACCUUGGCCAUCAUCACAUUCUACACCGCUGGCAUUCUGUGCAAAAAAGGGCCGCGUCUAGUCGCAGUCUGUGCCCUCGGCGCCUCUCUUGGUGACUGCUGA